CCUGCAUCCGCGCGCACCGGCUGGGGAGUUCGCGUAGCGGACUGAGCCUGCGCGAAGUCGGCGGAGACGCGUGCCUACGGGAAGGUGGCCGGGAAUCAGGGCCUGGCCCUAGAGGGGAAAAGCCAGAGAUGGACCUUGUGAGAUUCGCCCGGCUCUUCUCCGGCCCUCGCCCAGUGGGACUGUAUGCCCUUCAGCACCUUGACCCUCUCAGAGCCAAAUGGGCAGGAGGCAGGGAGUGGCCUAAAUGGCUGAGGGCUGCGGGGCUGACACAAGCCUGCAGCAGCUCCCCCUCUCAACUGCCCCUUGGCCAGGGGAACCAGAAGAACAGGAGCAGCGUCAGCUCUGACCUGAGCCAGCCUGGCCCCAUGGCCACUCAGGAGGAAGAGGAAGAGAGCUUUGGGACCCUCUCCAACAAAUAUUCCUCAAGGAGAAUGUUCCAAAAAUCAACAGCCCAGUUGUAUAACCUACGGCUCAGGGAACAGAGUGUUGAUGAAGAUGAGGAGAGGGACCUGGAGCCAAAGCCACGGCGGGGCCGGAAAAACACCCCUUACUGGUACUUCUUCCGGUGCAAACACCUGAUCAAAGAAGGAAAGCUGGCCGAGGCCCUGGAGCUGUUUGAGAGACAGAUGCUGAAAGAGGAGCGACUCCAGCCCCUCGAAUGCAACUACACGGUGCUGAUCGGGGGCUGCGGGCGAGCCGGAUACCUGAAGAAAGCCUUCAGGCUCUACAAUGAUAUGAAAAAGCGGGACCUGGAGCCCUCAGAUGCCACAUAUACGGCCCUGUUCAACGUCUGCGCUGAGUCGCCCUGGAAGGACUCUGCUCUGCAGAGUGCCCUGAAGCUCCGGCAGCAGCUCCAGGCCAGAAACUUCCAGCUCAACUUGAAAACAUACCAUGCACUGCUGAAGAUGGCCGCCAUGUGCGCAGACCUCAGGAUGUGCCUCGAUGUGUUCAAGGAAAUUGUCCAGAAAGGGCAUGCAGUCACCGAGAGGACCUUCAGCUUGCUGCUCAUGGGCUGCAUCCAGGACAAGAAGACGGGUUUUCGAUAUGCCCUGCAGGUGUGGAGGCAGAUGCUGAGUCUGGGGCUGCAGCCAAGCCAGCAUGGCUACAACCUGCUCCUGGGAGCAGCUCGAGACUGCGGCCUGGGGGACCCGGAGGUGGCCUCGGCACUGCUCUUGAGGCCCAGGGAGGAGACAGUCUUGCUCCAGCCCCUGGCAGGUGGGUUUCGGGCAAGGAGGAGAGCCCAGGCCCGGGAGGGCGACGGCAUGUCAGUCAGGCUGGACGUGGAGGCCCUGGAGAGGCAGCUGUUUCUGGAACCUUCUCAGGUGCUUGAGGGCCGUCUGGAGCCUCAGGAAGCCAGAGGCCCCAGCAAGGCCCAGCCCGAGGUGGAAACCAAGACAGAGCCUGACCACAUGGUGGCCCUCACUUCUUUGGCCCCAGAGCCUUCUCCCCGGGGGCCGGAGACCAACCUCCUGACCUUGGGAGCAGUCUCCCCAGCUGUGGUCUCCUUUGGGACUGUGACCACCCCGGCUGACCGGCUAGCCUUGAUGGGGGGCCCGGAGGGCUUCCUGGGCAAGAUGGCAGAGCACGGGCUCCGACCCAACAUCAAAACCCUCACACUGCUUGCUGAGGUGGUGGAGCCCGGGAGUCCCGCGGAGUCCUCACUGCUGACCGUCCUGGACAUGCACCAGGUGGAGGCUGAUGUGACGUUCUUCAACACGCUGAUGAGGAAGAAGAGCAAGCUUGGAGAUCUGGAGGGGGCGAAGGCUCUGCUGCCACUCCUGGCAAAGAGGGGGAUCCUUCCCAACCUGCAGACGUUCUGCAACCUGGCCAUUGGGUGCCACAGGCCGGGGGACGGCCUGCGACUACUCGCAGACAUGAAGAAAUGCCAGAUGACUCCCAACACCCACAUCUACAGCACCCUCAUCAACGCCGCCCUCAAGAGGCUGGACUACACCUAUCUCAUUGACAUCCUGAAGGACAUGAGGCAGAACAGAGUCCCGGUGAAUGAGGUGGUCAUCCGCCAACUGGAGUUUGCAGCCCAGUACCCACCCAGCUUUGAUCGGUACAAAGAGAAAAACACCUACUUGGAGAAGAUUGAUGGCUUCCGAGCUUAUUACAAGCAGUGGCUGAAAGUGAUGCCAGCAGAGGAAACCCCCCACCCGUGGCAGAAGUUCCGGACCAAGCCCAAGGGGAACCAAGACGCCAUCACUGAGGCUGACGUGGACAGAGGCCUUGGAGUGGCCUCCAGCGCAAGGGAAUGGUCGGGCCCAGAGGAAGCGCUACAGCAUUCUGCAGGCAUCGGUACGAGGACACACUGGGCCCAGGGCCUGACGAGUCCAUGGCAGGUCCAAGAGCAGACCGGCUGACCUUGGCACGCCCUCUCAGGUCAUCCUUGCCCCCAUCACCGAUGGAGAAAGUGAACUGGCUCGGAGUCACAAAGCACCUACAAGGUGGAGUCAGGAUUGAGUCCCAAGGGUGACGGGUCCCUCGGGUCUGGUGCUCACCCACUGGGUUCUACAGAUGGCUGGCUCUCUGAAAGAACAAAUGCAGGGCCCAAAAGGUUUAAAAGUUUUAUUUCUACAAAUCACAGCUGAUAAACACCAAAGCCUUAACAUGUAGAGACCAUAAUCCCACUCGGGCCUGGAGCACCGCUCUGCAAGAAGAGCUGCUCCCAGGAGAGGGCGUGACGCGACAGGCAGAAACCUGCGAAGUCCAAGGUUCAGGGUGAAGAGAGGUCAGGGCCCGAGGGCCUCAGCCAGAGCAGCCCCGACAGCCGCAGUGCGUGCACUCGAUGAUCCGGCCCUGCAACAGAGGACAGCUGAGACACCGCACUUCCACCACGUGUCACCCCUCCCCCCACGCGCAGCAAUCCUCCCACCAAGAAGGUGGUGGGACAUUCACGGUCUACCGUGACACUCUUCAGAAAGCCCUCCAUGAUGGAUGGAAACAGCUACUGUGGACCCUGAAGCUACACUUCUGUGCACUUAAUAUAUGCAAAUUCUAUGUACAUGCUUAUCCCCCCACCAUAAAAGGAAAAAAAAACCUGUGAGCAAUUCUUGUUAUUCUAUGAAGUGAGCAUGACACACCCUUCAAUACGCUGGAAGUUGGGUCUGUGUACUACUUGGGGCUCAGUGCCAGGGGCCUCUGGGCUGGGGAACUUUCUAGUGGGGGCACCGGGAAAGAGGAUAUACACCUGAAUCUGUAUGGCAGCCGAAGAGUCCUAUCCCCUGGACUAGGUGGGCCCCAAUGUCUGGCUGGGGGCUUACCCAACACAAGGCCCUAGAGCAGUGGUUUGUAUUGAUUUUCCUUUUUCCUGUUUUGGAGGAGCAAGACCCUUACCUAAGCAAACAAGAUCAGAAGGUGAAACCCAACUAAAGCUAAAGCAGG